CGGCUCUCAGCCUUGUGACCGGCAGCUGGAGGGGCUGGGUGGCGGUGUGUGUGUAGCGGUGUGUGUGUCGGUGUGUGUGUAGCGGUGUGUGUGUCGGUGUGUGCAGAGGUUAAAGGUGAAGCUGCAGACCUGAGCAGGUGACCAGAGGACGUUUUAUCCCUGUGAAGAUGCUCGGCGUCCCUCAGGGUGUGCGGGUUCAGGUGAGCCCUGGGCUCCAGACGAAGUGUUAGCCAUGCUGCGGCAGUCCGAGCCGACCUCUAGCACCUUACACCUGGUGGCCAGCGACAUGACCUCCAUCAUGGAGCAGCUGGACACUAAAGACCUCGACGUCGGCGACGGCGAAUUCCCCACAACGGAAGCCGGCGACCGGUUGCCCUUCACUGCGAUUUACAGUCUGGUGGGUUUCAAGGAGUCCGACGCCAUGGUCUUCCUUUCCUCUCCCAUCACCGCCAAAAUCUUGGAGGUGGAGCGAUACACGUCGAAUCAGGAUCGCUUCAACAACACCGUCCAGAGGAGCGUCAACAAGGCGACGCCGGCCAUGUACCGGAUCGAGCUGAAACACGGAGAGUUCACCUGGGAGGUGAAGAAGAAGGAGAAACACUUCGUGGAGCUGCACCGGGACCUGAGGGCCUACAAGGCGCUGAGGAGGCUGCACCUGCCGUCACGAGGGACUUCGAUCAGGAGGAGAGCGACGAUGAAGAUGGAGAAGGCUGAGAUCCCCGUUCUGCCCAGAGAAGAAGCGAAGAACCAAAGCGGAGGAGUUUCCAGCCGCAAGAAACAACUGGAGGAUUACUUGAACAACCUGCUGCAGAUGCCGAUGUACAGGAGCUGCCACGCCACGAUGGAGUUCAUUGACGUCAGCCAGCUUUCCUUCAUUCAUGAUUUAGGUCCCAAAGGAUUGGAAGGAAUGGUGCUGAAGCGUUCUGGGGGUCAUCGUUUCCCCGGCCUGAACUGCUGCGGGCGAAGCAAAAUCUGCUACCACUGGUCCAAACGCUGGCUGGUGGUGAAAGACUCCUUCCUGAUGUACAUGAAGCCAGACUCCGGUGCCAUCUCCUUCGUCAUGCUGUUCGACAAAGAGUUCAGCGUCAAGCUGGACUCCAAAGAGACAGAAACCAAACAUGGCCUCCGCAUCAACAGCCUGUCCAGGUCGUUGGUGCUGAAGUGCUCCAGCUACAGACACGCCCGCUGGUGGGGCCAGGCCAUCGAAGCCUUCUCCCAGAAGCACGGCGCCGCCUUCCUCACAGACCACCGCUUCGGAUCCUUCGCCAGGCAGGAGGAGAACAUCCCUGCCAAAUGUUUGUCGGAUGUUGCUGCGUUGCGUUGCUGGUUGCUGACGUUGCGGCUGCGGCCGGUCUGUUCAGGUUGGUCGUCCAGCAUCAACAGCCAGCAGACUCUGAUUCCCGGCCGGCUGCUGGAGCUGCGGGCGGCGGCGCCGCUGCCGCUCGCCCAGGCCGGGAGCCGCUCUGUGCGAAGUCUUCAUACGGGCGUCGGGGAUCUGUUCGGAGACACCAGGUUCUGGCACGGGAAGGAUUACUGCAACUUUGUGCACAAGGACUGGAUUCAGCUGGACAAACCGUUCGAUGAUUUCAUAGACAGACAUAAAACUCCCAGAAUGCCUUGGCACGACAUCGCGUCAGUCGUCCAUGGGAAGGCGGCGCGAGACGUGGCUCGACAUUUCAUCCAGCGGUGGAACUUCACCAAGCUGGUGAAGCCAAAGUAUCGCUCUCUGUCGUUUCCAUACCUGCUGCCCAAGUCGCACCUGACGGCCGGGGAGCUUCGAUACCAAGUCCCCAACUGCACCACCGCUAAAGUUCAGAUCCUUCGCUCGGCCUCAGACUGGUCAGCCGGCAUCAAAUACCACGAGGAGUCCAUCCACAACGCGUACGUCCACGCCAUCGAGAACAGCCAGCACUUCAUUUACAUCGAGAAUCAGUUUUUCAUCAGCUGCGCAGAAAACAAGCUGGUUUACAACAAGAUCGGCGACACGAUAGCAGAGCGCAUCAAAAAGGCUUACAGGGAGGGAGCGAAGUACCGCGUCUACGUGGUGACGCCUCUGCUGCCGGGCUUCGAGGGCGACAUCAACACGGGGGGCGGCAGCGCCAUCCAGGCGGUGAUGCACUUCAACUACAGGACGAUGAACAAAGGAGAGCACUCCAUCAUUUCCCAGCUGAGAGCCGAGAUGGGGGAUCAGUGGAUGAACUACAUCUCGUUCACCGGCCUGCGGACGCACGCCGACCUGGAGGGGACGCUGGUCACCGAGCUCAUCUACGUCCACAGCAAGAUGCUGAUCGCCGACGACAACACCGUCAUCAUCGGUUCCGCCAACAUCAACGACCGCAGCAUGCUGGGGAAGCGGGACAGCGAGGUGGCCGUCAUCGUGGAGGACUCGGAGACGGUGGACGCCGUCAUGGACGGGCAGCCGUACCGCGCCGGGAAGUUCGCCCUGCAGCUGCGCCUCGAGUGCUUCAGGAUGAUCCUCGGCGCCAACACUGAUCCAUCCAUUGACGUUUCCGAUCCCAUCAGCGAACUUUUCUACAAGGAGACCUGGAUGGCUACCUGCGCCCGCAAUGCCUCCAUCUACCAGAAGGUUUUCCGCUGUCUGCCGUCCAGCGACGUGCGGAACAUCUCGGAGCUGGAGGGCUUCCUAGCCAAACCGGGCCUGGCCCGAGAAGACCCGGCCCGCGCCCAGGAGGAGCUGAAGAAGAUCCGCGGCUUCCUGGUCCAGUUCCCGCUCCAGUUCAUGAGCGAACAGAACCUGCUGCCACCCAUCGGCUGCAAGGAGGCCAUGGUCCCCAUGGAGGUCUGGACCUGACCGCCAUGUUGGACCGGGGGCUGUUCCUUCUGCUCAGGACAAAGUUCUGUGGUUCUGGUUGAGUCCAAUGACGGCGGGGCGACCCGCCUGAGGUCCAGUCUGACGGAAGCAGCUGCUGUGCCAAAGACAGAAUCAACCUGCGAGCCUGGACCCGGGCGAAGCCGCCCACACUACAGCGUCGUCUACAAAACCUGCUGCUCCUGGAAAAUGAAACUCCGAUAAACGAACCGGCCCGGUUCGCUACAAACAGCCAAAAACUCUCUGACUUCCUCAGCCUGUCGCAGGUUUCAUGUCUCCACAACAUCUGUCGGUUUCCACUGAUCAUUGGAUCUGAUUAGGUUGAAACUCAACCAGCAGAUGCAGCGUUCCGCUCCACAGUGCCUGAAAACCCACUUCCUGGUAGGAUACUGACUGUGCAGCUCUUCUCCUGCGAACACUAUGCAUCAUCCAGGCUGGGAAACGCAGCUCAACACUAACGGAUAAAAACGGCAGAAAUUUGAUCAUAAUUCUGUUAAAGUGCCAAAACCCCUGGAAGCCGGGCGUCAGACUCGCUCCACUUCAUGGUUUCUCUGUUUACUGUGACGCGGCAGAAAUCGUUUUAUAAACUUUAUCUCAGAUUAAAUCACUUAAUGGCUUUUCUUCUCAAAAUAAACCAACAUUUUGCCUCUCAGACUAACAAACUGUUGUUGUGCUGCAUGAAGAGUCCGGUGCUGUUUCGAUGUCUGGAAGUGAAACUGAUGUAUUAAAUGGUUAUACUGGUUUGUACAGUCACUUUUUGGCCACUAGAGGGCAGCAGAACGACCUAAAAUCACAAAAAAUCUGAAAUAUUAGCACUUAAUGUGAUUCUGUUGAAGAUUCUAUUUUAUUUAUUUAUUUUGUAUUUUUGGAGGUAUUUGGGUGUCAAUUUGGACAAAUUGUACAACUUUCUACUGCAUCAUUUCCCACCACAGGUUUGAUUCUGGAAAACUAAUAUUUGAAACAAUAAAUCUAACUGGGUUAAAA